CUCGUUACACAACUCGCAACCUCUCUUCAUAUUCAUGAGUGUUAAGGUGCAGGGGCGCUUUUUCUCUCUCUCUCCCUCGAUCCAUUCCUCCUUUCACAAGCAUGCACGCAGCGCGACGGUGAACACCGCAAAGGCAUAAUGGCGUUCUUCCUGUGGCUUGGCCUGCUGUUGCUCCUGGCGACCGUCCGGUCCACCUCGGUCAAGAACUGCCACCCGGGCUGCCACUGCGAGGUGGAAAGCUUCGGCCUGUUCGACAGCUUCAGCCUGACCACAGCAGACUGUCGGGGGUUGGGCCCUGGCGCCGCCAUGCCCGUGCCCAUACCGCUGGACACCGCCUACCUGGACCUGUCCUCCAACGCCAUGGGACGGCUCACUGACGCCAUGCUGGCCGGGCCGGGCUACACCACUCUUGUCAGCUUGGACAUUAGCAGCAACCACAUUAGAACGGUAAGCCCCAAUGCUUUGUCCAAGCUGCAUUACCUGGAGACUCUGGACCUGAGCCACAAUGACUUGGAAGCCCUCUCGCCAGGAUGCUUCUUUGGCCUCCCUCUGGCUGAAGUGGACCUCAGCCACAACAACUUCCAGGACUUCGACAUGGAUGUGUUUGUGGCUAAAGUAAACGGCAAACCAGUCAAUGUGGAUCUGUCACACAACGAGCUUGUGUCCAUUUCCACAAAGCCGCACGGGAAACUUGUGCACAUUCAAAGCUUGAAUCUGACGGCAAACUGUCUUUCGAGCGUACCGAGCUUAGCGGGACUGAAGAUACUGAGAUACCUCAAUCUGGAUAGCAACCCCAUCGUCGCCAUUAAAGAGGGGGACUUUGCUCACCUUACAGAUCUGGUUUACUUAUCUCUCAGCAGCCUCCAUCAGCUUCAGAAAAUUGAGGCGCACAGCUUUAAGAGCCUCCAAAGCCUUCAGGUGUUGGAGCUCUCCAACAAUCCCAAGCUGAAGACUCUCAGCCCGUCCGUUUUCACCGGAAUGGACUCGUUGCAGGAGCUGAAUUUAUCUGGCUCUGGAGUGACUUCCUUACCAAACAACAUGCUCUCGCACCUCCCCAACAUAAAGAGCAUCAUGCUAGGACAGAAUAUCUCCUGCUGGAGGACCCAAAAACAAGGACAGUUUCACCGGCAGCUUGGUCAGACCCAACACUACGAGGUGCUCACUUGCAACAGGGGUGGCGUUGUGUUGUGAUCCUGGCAAUACGGACGAGUCCUUAGUCUUUCUACCAACGCUGUGCCUACUAUUUUAUAUACCUCUUUCCAAAGCUUUAAGAGGUUUCAUGUGGCCUUCAAAGACACAAAGGAUCGUUUAACAUAAAAUGGCCACUAUCUAUCCAAAACUCAUUUACACAAUCUUCAUCUAAAUACAAGCUUUUCACGCUAUAUUUUUUACCACUACAUUAAGGAAUAAUUUCAGCUCAUAAGACAAAUAAAUUAGCUUCACUAAUGCUAAUAUACAAAUACAAAUCUGAUUCCACAGCGCACGAAUACUGUACUGCGUUUCCAGAGUAAACCAGAGUGCUUCUUUAUCUUCUUUAUUACAAGUUCACAAAAGUCUAAUUAGACUUAAAGCAGCAGUUACCGUAAUUUCCGGCCUACUUUUUCACACGCUUUCAACCUUAUGCGGGGAUGCGGCUAAAUUUGUGCAUUUUUUCUAACGGUAAGGUAAGGUGGAAUAUAUGUGCCGAGAAAUUGACUUUCGUGUUGCUUCUGUGUUACUGGCGUGUCUCAGUGAUAUUUACCGGUAAGUUUUAUUUUAACCGGCCCUGUUAGCGUUAGCGCGCUGCUAGCGUUAGCGCUAGCUUUAGCAUCGCUAGCGUUAGCACCACACUAGCCUUAAACUCUUUCUGUGUUAUGUCUUUCUUUAUAAAUAUCUCGCGUUUGAAUGUGGGUUUCAAUGUGGGCACUUGCGGCGUAUUUGUGUACCAAAUGGUAUUUCCUUUACAAAUGUACUCGGUGAUGUUAACCUUUGUAGGCUGGGAAUUACGGUAAUACAAUUGCGGAAGUUGAUUAAGCCGAGGUUUGUUUUGCUACAAUAUAGACAUUUGCGACCCAAUUUAAUAGACUGUGAGGAGCUUGUGAUACACAAAAAAGAACCAUUUUUGUAACUUGAAUGUACUUUUAAAGGGCCAGCUCAUAAACAUGUCCAAUUGUGCAAGUUCAGCAUAUACACUCGGACAGGGCGGUUACUUACUUUUUAUGACGUGAGUGACACCUAAGAGGGAAACAAACGGGGACCGCUUUUACUGUCUCCAUUUGGUAGUUCAAGUACGACACAUAAACCUUUUCCUGUGGACCCUGAGAAACUGCCAGGAUCAAGACCGCUUGAAUGUCUACAAAACAAAAAGACGCUUUGGUUCUGGCUUUAGAAGUAGUCAUUUCCCUGGUGUGUAAUACAAUCAGAUAACGUACGGCAAGCCUCUGUGGAAAGAUUUAUAUUUGUAUGGACGUCACAAUGCUGUAUGUAUUUUUGCAAAUAUAUACGAAAUGUGUAAUAAAGUGAGAUUUUUUUCCCCUA